AUGUUACGAGCUUGUGUACUACAGUUCAAAGGAAAUUGGGAUACUCAUCUUUCUUUGAUGGAGUUUGCUUAUAAUAACAGUUAUCAUUCGAGUACGGAAAUUAAGCCUUUUGAAGCAUUGUAUGAUAGGAAAUGCAGAACUCUAGUAUGUUGGGAUGAAGUUGGUGAAAGAAAGUUAUUGGGUCCUGAAUAUAUCCAGAUUACUACUGAGAAAGUAAAAAUAAUUAAAGAAAAGUUAAAGACAACCCAAGAUAGACUGAAGAACUGUGCUGAUAGACAUCCAUCUCAUGUUUUGGGAUCACAAUCAGUAGAGCUGAAGGAAAAUCUUACCUAUGAAGAAAAACCAGUUCAGAUAUCGGAUAGGAAGGAACAUGUCUUGCGUAGUAAGACUAUUCCUUUGGUUAAAGUUUUGCAGCGAUACGGAUAUCGGGACAGCAUUUCAAUCGAGUUGAUUUUGGCGUAUAUAGUUCUAAUUGAUUAUAAGAAUUCUUUGAGAUCGACUUUCGUUCACGGAGGGGCCAAAGGCCCAUGGCGACUGUUCUUAGCCCGACGGGCGGAUUAUAUAUUUCAGCUGGUUAAUCCUGUUUCCAAGGGAGAUAAUGCUGAAAUUCUGUUAGAAAAAUGA